AUGAAGUCUCCUAUGUCGUUUGUGCAGAUGCUGCGGGAGCUAGAGUGCGUGAAGUUCAAGACAUCUCCGGCGGUUCUGAUGGCCGUCUUCAGUGGGCGCCUGGGCUCAAGAGGUCUUACCGUCAUGCACUUCAAGGAGGCGAGCGAAAUGUCGUGCUUGGAGGAUGGCUCGACCAACUCGUCGCGCGAGCGAGUGAAAAGCUGUACGGACCGUCAUUUUGUCAAGGAAAACCUACCGCAACGUGUCAAUUUGGUGACAUGUGAAGGUUCCGAACAGCACACCUCUGGUGCCAACGUGCCUCCCAUCUGCGCUACGGAUGUACAGCCACCUUUGAUUACACAGUCCGGGUCGACCAUACAGUCACCCAAUGCUAUACAGCAACCUUUGACUAUACAGUCUGAGUUCCCAAUACAGAAACUCUCCACCGAGACGUCGCUUUCCGCUACCAAAGACAGCACGUUGAUGGCCCUUAAGCUCGUACGACCGGCUGUAUCAAGCGAGGUCGCGGCCAGAGCACACGAUAAUGCGAGCCAGCGCCGUGAUCUUCUCCGAGAACUACAAACAGCAACAAUGGCUGAGGUUUUCUCGAGGUUUGACGUCACACCGCCUGCAAGUAAUUGCCCCACGUCACAGGAAGGAGCGACUGGCACGGAGUUCUUACUUAACAAGCUCCUCCAGCAAGCGUUGUCAGAUCUCGCACGUCGGUCGGCCUUAUCGCCGUCCGAAUUUGUGGAGCUGGUUCGAGGGCAAACUAUGAGUGAUUACCGGCCAAACAAGAACAUGGUGCCGACUGUCUUGGAAAAUGUGUGCAAGGGCUACAGCCAUUUGGAUCUGCUCCAGAGAAUUGUUCAGUAA